AAGUGUAAUAUAACCAAAGUGUUAAAUCAACAUGAAAAUACGUAUCUAUUUGUACUUAAAAUUUGUCCACGGAAAACGUAUGCAUGUGACGUUUAAAUAGCCUAUACGUACAAUAUACAUGUAUUUGGUCUUCAAAAACAUAAAGGGUCUUACGUAUUUUCACAUAAAUAACAUAUAAAUGCUUACAUAUAAUCUACUGUAUACUUUAAAGUGGAUAGGCGGAGCGUGGCAGGAUAAUGUGACAAACAAAUUUCCGGAGAUAUAUGAUAUAUAUGCGAUUGCGCCUUGUAACAUUUAUUUUAAUACUAGUAAUAAUAAUAAAUAUAGCUGCGAGCAGCAAUUAUCGGGGUUCAAGCAAUUUAAGGCGUUUGCGCAGUUGCAUGAAAAGUUUUGAUGUUUGUUUUUUAGCAAGAAUUUACAUCUGAGAUUUGUAAAGAAUAUUUAUGGACAACAAACAGUUUACUAAUAAUAAAAUACAUGGUUUUUAAAGCUUUUUGACUGUUAUAGUGUGGUCCGAUUGCAAUAGUAAUUUGCAUGGUUGUUUAUAUAAUUUUUCAUCAUUUCAUUUCAUUUUGUGAAGUUAUGACUAUUUGUUUCGGAGUUAUACGUGUUUGCAUGAGUUUGAUCAUGUUUUUUGUUUUUCAAAAUGACUGUUUAUAGGUACUCAAAGGGUAAAGUUCAACAUUUUUUGAUAACUAUAGGCUCUGUGCACAAUAUGGCGACCAUUGACGUUCGAACUUGAGUGUGUGGGCCAGUACUUCCGGUGAAGACUUUCCGGUGAUCUGACAACUAGAGCGGGAGACAACGAGACAACAGCAACCGAGUUCCAUUACCACAAACAAUCUUUUUUCAGAAUAAGUGUUUUCAGUAUUCAAAAGAGGCGACUUGCCUUUCAGAGGGUGACAGGCUCAACACUUCAUUGUUGUGUACCAUUAUGUACCAUUUCGUCAAGUUACAACAAAGAAGUCAGCUUUCAUGCAUUCCCCGUUGACAUUGCAGUACGAGCUGAGUGGAUGCAGAAGAUCCGGAGGGAUGACUUCAACCCGACCAAUAACAACCGGGUCUGUAGUCAGCAUUUUAAGCAGACAGAUCUUAAUGUGACUGUCGGGGGAUUAAGGAGGCUGAAGAAGGGAGCCGUACCAGUUUACUUUUCAUGGAAUGGGUACAAACUACCUGUGCCCAGACCAAGCGUCUGGGAACGGCGUUCCGUGACCCGAGAGUCCCGCACCAGAGUCAGACUCGGAGAUGGAGACCGAAAUCGCGGUAGAUCACGACUACUAUGUACUCCCUCAAACAGGAGCGAGGGCGAGUAAUUUGGCCGAUAAGAACGAAGCUCUACGUCGCCAUAUUAGGGAGCUACAACAGCAGUUGGAAGUCGUCAAACUUCGCCAGCGUUUUGGGAUAGAUCGCCUGUCUGCAUCAGAUGAGGACGUGCGCUUUUAUACCAGGUUUGCGUCCUACAGGAGUUUCAAGGCUUUUUGGAGUUUAAUUGAACCUGCUGUGAUCAACAAGAUGGUGCGCAUAACCAGCACCAAGACAGCAUCAGCACAGUCCAUCACCCAACAACGAAACUGAGACCCAUUGACGAGUUUCUGAUGUACCUGUCAGUGGGUUUUCCUCUCAGGGAUCUUGCAGAGAGGUUCAGCAUUCACCGCACUACUGCAAUUCGGAUCAUCUCCACAUGGACUCAUUUCCUGUACUGCCUACUGGGAAGCCAGCGCCUUUGGAUUCCUCCAGAGAUAGUGAGAGCUCACCUGCCAACUGAGUUUGCAGCUUUUUCUGAUACACAGGUGAUCCUUGAUUGUACAGAGAUAUUCUGUCAGACGCCAUCCUCUCUGCUCCUUCAGAGUGAGGUUUUCUCAACCUACAAAUCACACACUACAUUCAAGGCCAUGAUUGGCAUGGGACCCCAUGGUGCUGUCACCUUUGUGUCUGGACUGUAUGCAGGCUCUAUGAGUGAUCGCGAGAUUGUAAAGCUUCUGAAGCCGGGUAUGGCGAUCAUGGUGGACAAAGGGUUUGUUGUGGACAACCUUGCUCCUUGUAAGGUGUACCGGCCUGCCUUUCUCAGCAACAAACGCCAAAUGAGUCGAGAGGAUGUCAGACAGACACAGUCAAUUGCACAUCUGAGAGUGCAUGUGGAGAGGUGCAUAAGGAGAGUGAAAGAGAACAAACUGUUCGACAAGGACAUACCACUGUCUAUAUGUGGGAACAUUGAUGAAUUGUUCAGUGUGGCCUGCUUCCUGGUCAAUUAUCAGAAUGGGCCAUUAGUGAAGGCAUGGGCAACUCAGCAAUGAAUUAAAGAUCCAUCUUGCUUCUUAAAAACAUUAUUUGUGUCAUUGUCUUCAUUACAUUAGCUUUGUGUUUUUACUGCCUUGAAAUGAAAAUAAAAACGCACCAGAAAUUACAUUAGAACAUGUAGAAUUUAAUAAGAAAAUAUUAAACAACACUUAUUCAACAAUCCAAUAUCAACAAUCCACAUAGCUUUUUACACUCGGGCUCUCAUUCCAAUCAGUACAAAAGGUAUGGUCUCAGGUCAACUGUAGACCUG